GCGCUCUGGCGCACGCCUUUCUGCUCUCGCCGAGGCGAAGCGCACUUCGACUCGGGACGAGCGCUGGUCUCCUGAGCUGCCGCUGCGGGCGCAACCUGUUCGUGGUGCUGGCGCACGAGAUCGGCCACACGCUCGGCCUGACCCACUCGCCCGCGCCGCGCGCGCUCAUGGCGCCCUACUACAAGCGGCUGGGCCGCGACGCGCUGCUCAGCUGGGACGACGUGCUGGCCGUGCAGAGUCUGUAUGGGAAGCCGCAGGGGGGCUCUGUGACUACCCAGCUCCCAGGAAAACUGUUCACUGACUUUGAGGCCUGGGACCCCCACAGAUCCCAGGGAAGGCGCCCCGAAACCCAGGGUCCUAAAUAUUGCCACUCUUCCUUUGAUGCCAUCACUGUAGGCAGCAGCGACUGUACAUUUUUCAAGGGAGCCACUUCUGGGAGGUGGGAGCUGAUGGCAAUGUCUCAGAGCCCCACCUGCUGCAGGAAAGGUGGGCCGGGCUGCCCCCCAACAUUGAGGCUGCCGCAGUGUCACUGGAGAAUGGAGACUUCUACUUCUUCAAAGGUGCUGGAGACGGGCCUGGUGCUGUGCCGGCACGCCAACGCCAUCACCGAGGCCGCCCUGGCCUUCCUGGCUGCGGCGCCUGCCCGAGCCCGCAGGAUUCCCGUGCCGCGGGCCGGGGUGUCCUGCAAUGGGGCCGCCCAGCCAGGCACGUUCCAGGCCCGGGACAACGUCUCCAACUUCAUCGAGUGGUGUCGCAAGGAGAUGGGCAUCCAAGAGGUGCUGAUGUUCGAGACGGAGGACUUGGUGCUGCGCAAGAACGUGAAGAACGUGGUGCUGUGUUUGCUGGAGCUGGGCCGCCGGGCCUGGCGCUUCGGGGUGGCGGCGCCCACCCUGGUGCAGCUGGAGGAGGAGAUCGACGAGGAGCUGCGGCAGGAGCUGGCCCUGCCCCCGCCCGACCCCCCGCCGCCCGCUCCGCCCCGGCGCCGGUCCUGCCACUUCCGCAACCUGGACCGGAUGGUUCAGAACCUCGUGAGCCACUGCACAUGCCCAGUUCAGUUCUCCAUGGUCAAGGUGUCCGAGGGGAAGUACCGUGUGGGGGACUCCAACACCCUCAUCUUCAUCCGGGUCCUCCGGAACCACGUGAUGGUGCGUGUCGGGGGCGGCUGGGACACCCUGGGCCAUUAUCUGGACAAACACGACCCCUGCAGGUGUACCUCCCUCUCACACAAGCCAGGCAGCUUCCUGAAGCCCCCGGUCCCACCGGUGCAGCACGAAGUGAGGGUGCUGGAUGAGCCCUGGCAGCCACAGCCUACGAUGACCAUCAGCCGCUCUCAGAGCCCACUGCCCCCUGUGGACUGGAAGACAUACACCUCUUCAGGCCGGAAGCUGAGGCCCCCCGCCUCCUCCCCCACACCUCGCAGUGAAUGGCGCCAGGAGAAGACACCUGCCCCACCUGAGAGGCAGCUGCCAGCUGGGCACAGCUCACCCAGCCCCCAAUCCUCACCCACCCCCAGGGGCCGAGACCCACAGUGCACCUCCUCAGGGAAGAGGGAGGACAGACACCCCCCUGAGCUCCCCAGGGGAAGGACUCCUACAUCUUGGGUUCAUGAGGAGACAGACAGCUGGAGAACCCAUCCCAGGACCCCCACCCCCCAGAGACUCCGAGCCCCUGAGGCUACUGCCAAAGGGACCCCAGCAAGAGGACCAUCUCCCCUGCCUCGUUACUCCAGUUCGUCAGCCAGGCCCAUGGACCCCAGGAAGCCGCCUCGGGGUGAUGCUCCCUCCCAGCUCAGGGAGCCAGUGUCCGUCCGUUCUCCAUCCCCUGUUAAAGGGCCCACCAAGAUCCCUGUCCAGCUGGCCCCUGCCCGACCUCCCACUCCAGGAGGAAGCUUUCCAGGUACUGCAAGUGGAGGUCUUACAACAGAACUGGAGAGAAGCUCCGUACCACCAGGGGCUGCCACUGGAGGCCUGGCUGGGUCCAGUCGUGGGGACUGCUCUGUGGAAGGAAGGCAAGGGGUCCAGAAGGUGGACGUCUGGGUGACAGCAGAAGCCGGAGAGUCCCGGGGCCUGGACACGCCCCUGACCCUGGGUGGGAUCAAGAAGCCAGGCAUCUGCCAUAGCCUUGAGGAGGAGCUUUUGGCCAACAUGAAGCUGCUAGAGGUGGGGACUGCCGACCCCCGGGGCCCAGGUUCUGGGCUCAUCCCUCGCAGUGGAGUCUACGUCCCCAGCCUGGGUGGGCGGUGGCCUGAGCCUGGGGGUCCUUAUGACAAAGUCAUCCAAGAACUGGCUCAGGGCCCUCCACCCCUCAUUAAAGUGGACCUGGGUGCCUGGAAGGCUGCCCCUCCAGGCUCCCCUAAGCUGGCAGUAACCACAGGCCCAGGAAGCCCAAAGGGGAAACUGGGAGCCAGAGAGAGUGGGCCAAGGACAAAGGCAACCCUGGGUGCCCAGGACACCAGGAUGAGGAAGGUCCCAGCUCCAGGAGGGCAGGACUGCUCAGCCCCUCCUGUGUCUGCCAGCCUGGAAGCCCCCACACCUUCGCCCUUGGACCCAAAUUCUGACAAAGCCAAGGCACGUCCAGGCAAGGGCAAGAGAACACUGCGGACACCCCGAAGAGUACCAUCUAUCUACAAGCUGAAGCUGAGGCUCAGACUCCGGCCCCGGAGAGACCACAGGCCUGAGGAGCGGCCUUCACGAAUCCCCAAACCCCUGGCCUACCUCCGCUUGGGUCCAGCCAGGGCGCCCCCAAGCGGCAGGCUGGAAAGGGUGUCAGCGCUGGGUGGGAAGGGAGGGGAGGCAGGCCUGGUGGAUGGAGCCUGGGCAGGGGAGAAAGAGGAAGGAAAGGAGGAGAAAGAGGCAGCCGUUCCACUGGAGAGCAGACCCCCACGUUCGGAGAGCCUGGGGCCUCAGCAGCUGGAUCCGCUCCCACCCGAGGAGGAGUCCUGGGUCUAAGGAGGGGCUUCUCAUCCCAGAGCCGGUGAAAAGAAUGCCCAGGUGGCCAUUGGAAUCCCAGCCGCAGGAACAGAAGGAAGGGCCCCUCACCUGGAUACAGGGCCUUGGCCAGGAGACAAAUAGAGCAUCCAUCAGCUCAGACUAGCAAAUGGGACAACCCAUCAUCUCCACUCCAACUCCAGAAUUGGGAUAGGGGCAGUGGGGCCACCCUAUACCUUAUCACCCGCCCCCAGAACAGCUCCCCAAACCCCUGUCCUUAGGCCAUGCCCACUGUUUCCACAAUUCUUAUGUCAUUAAACACGGGUGGGUCUGUC